UGAGAAGUCGGUGCCUGGUUGAACCGUUUGGAGCAGUUUCGACUGCCUUUAGAGAGGAUUUGAAAAAUAAGGGUGGCUGUGAGGAGARUUUCAGAGACAGCAGAGAGACAGAGGAAGCAGCAGAACCUAGACAGAAAUAAAAAGUAAAGGGAGGCUUUUGAAGAAAGUUGGCUUUUUUUUUUUUAGAAAAUUCUCUUUGGUUUUGUGCUCUGUGUUUUUGUGUCACUCAGACUGUGGACUCUUUGGUUGAAUGACUAACAGACUGUGAGAAAGCUGAUGAGCUUCCCUGGAUUUCGCUGACAUUCCCACUUUGUUUUGCCUGAAGAUGGAAACACUCGAGUCUGAGCUGACCUGCCCAAUCUGUCUGGAGCUUUUUGAGGACCCGCUGCUCUUGCCCUGCGCUCAUAGUCUUUGUUUCAACUGUGCCCAUCGGAUCUUGGUCUCCCAUUGCACCCCCAGCGAGCCUAUUCAGUCGAUCARCGCCUUCCAGUGUCCAACCUGUCGCUAUGUCAUCACCCUCAACCAGAGGGGCCUAGAGGGACUCAAACGCAACGUGACCCUGCAGAACAUCAUCGACCGGUACCAGAAAGCCUCCCUGAGUGGAUCUAAUUCUCCUAACGAGACGCGCCGAGAACGAGUGGUCCCUGACAGCAAAGCCAUGACGUCCCCCUCGGAUCGGGUGCAGUGCCAGUUCUGCGAGCAGGACCCUCCGCAGGAAGCGGUGAAGACCUGCGUCACCUGCGAGGUGUCGUACUGCGAGGAGUGCCUCAAGGCCACCCAUCCGAACAAGAAACCCUUCACGGGCCACCGACUGAUCGAGCCCUUGCUGGACUCUCAUCUGCGAGGGCUCAUGUGUCUGGAGCACGAGGACGAGAAGGUCAACAUGUACUGCGUGACGGACGAACAGCUGAUCUGUGCCUUGUGUAAGCUCGUUGGCCGACAUCGAGACCACCAAGUAGCAGCCCUCGCCGAUCGAUUCGACAAAUUGAAGACGCCUCUUCCUCAUCGCCGCUUUCUCAGUGAGGGCCGUGAUCAAUCAUACCAGGAGUCAGACCAGCAAGCCUUGGAUUCCAACCUCGGUAAUCUAAUCAAGAGGACCAGUGAGUUGGAAAGCUUGAUGGGGAAGCUUAUCCAAACCUGCCAAAACGUGGAGGCGAUGAGGCUCAGGAAGCUGGCGCAACAGAUCGCGGGUUGUAAGCAGUGCAUCGAGAGGUCCUCCUCCCUCAUCACUCAGGCUGACCAAACCCUCAAAGAGAGCGACCACGCUCGUUUCCUUCAGACAGCUAAAAGUAUCUGUGAGAGAGUGUCGAUGGCCACAGCAUCAUCACAGAUACUGUUACCAGAAAUAAACCUGAAUGAUGCCUUUGAUACUUUUGCUCUGGACUUCACGAGGGAGAAGAAAAUGCUAGAAAGCCUAGAUUACUUGACAGCACCAAAUCCACCAGUAAUUCGUGAGGAACUUUGCACAGCCUCAUACGACACCAUCACGGUUCACUGGACAUCAGAUGACGAGUUUUCUGUUGUAUCAUAUGAGCUUCAACACGCCAUAUUUACCAGCCAAUGUAAUGUUGUCAGUCUGUGUAACUCUGUGGACAGCUGGAUGAUUGUCCCGAACAUCAAGCAGAAUCAGUACACCGUGCACGGACUCCAGAGUGGCACCAAGUAUGUUUUCAUAGUGAAGGCCAUAAACCAGGCUGGAAACCGCAGCAGUGCUCCAGGGAAACUCAAGACCAACAGUCAGCCAUUCAAACUGGACCCGAAGUCUGCUCACCGGAAGUUGAGGGUGUCCCACGACAACCUGACAGUGGAGAGGGAUGAGACGUCAUCCAAGAAGAGCCACAGUCAGGACCGCUCCUCCAGCCACAGCAGCUAUGGUGUCACAGGAAAUGUCUACAUUGACAGCGGCCGCCAUUACUGGGAGGCUCUGAUAGGAGGCAGCACGUGGUUUGCCGUGGGGAUCGUUUACAAGUCGGCACCAAAACACGAGUGGGUUGGCAAGAACUCGGCCUCCUGGGUGCUGUCGCGCUGCAACAACUCGUGGGUGGUGCGUCACAACAGUAAGGAGGUCGCCAUCGAGCCGUCUCCGCAUCUACGGCGUCUCGGGGUGUUGCUGGAUUACGAUUUGGGGUCACUGUCUUUCUACGAUGCCGUUGCUUCCCAGCACUUGCACACGUUCGACAUCAGCUUCGCUCAGCCAGUCUGCCCCGUGUUCAAUGUGUGGAACAGAUGUUUGACAGUCCUCAGUGGACUGCCCAUCCCAGAUUACUUGGAGGACACAGACUACAAUCACUGAAGAAGCUGUUGUUACUUGAUUUUUUUUUUUUUGGAGCCACAAAAAGAGGCCAAACAUCAAUUUUUUUAAGCCUCUGUUGAAAUUAAUUAUAAUUAUUUAAGUAGACUUCAGACAAUGAUGAAUACAUGUUUUAUUUGCUUUGCACAACAGGACUCUCCUGAGUUUUUUUUUUAUCUGCUUUGAUUACUUUGAUACUUUGGUUUGAGUAGAUAUUUUAAAAUGGACUUAAGAGUAUUUAUUAUUAUUUUUAAGUUUCCUGUUAAGAAUAAUAAUAUUAAGCCUUUAAGUACAAGGAACAAAGGGACUUUUUCACUUUCAGGACUAUUGAUCUCUAAGCAGUUUUUAAUACAGUUUGUACUAUUUUUGGAUAUGAAUGCACUUUUUCUAAGCAACAUCAGCCAUAACUCACACAUUUACACGUAUUUAAACAAAGGUAGUUAAACAGAUCCAGURACAAUAGAGCAGUUUCACUCACAAGGUCUAAUCAGUUAAAUAAUGUUUUGUAUUCAUUAUCUGCUAAUGCAUUAUCACAGUUUAAAAUUACUUCUCUUCUUAUUACAGCAGCGUCAAGAUUUUAUUGCAGUUUACAUUUAGGAUUUUUUUACACCAAGUUGUAAUAAAAGUUACUUCAUGUUAUCACCUGUGUGACCUUCCUCUUUUGUUCUUGUGAUGCAGCGUUAACCGCUACAAAUGUGUCUGACAGGAAUGCUAAUUUCAUACAAUGAGCACUUGGCGUUAACACCCAUUUAUUUAGGAUAUCCCACUUGUGCUCAAACAUGUUUUCACAACAUAAUGACAAGUCCAGCGCCACAGUGAGAAGUGUCAGUUUUUCCUGCUGUACUGGAUCCUCUCUGACCCACGCUGAGCCAAAAUACCACCUCUGACGAGAUCUACUCUGACAUCUCUUUUUGUGCCGGAGUAAUGUGGCUUGAAUUCUGUAGCGUCUCYUUUCAACAAAGAAGAAGAAGCGGGAGGAAAAAAAAUAUAUCUGAACUCUGCAUGACCUCCCCAUGAGACACCCUGCAGACAAAGCUGUAAUACAUCAGCACCUCCUCUGCCAUGUAAUGCCAUCAGACCUGUUCAUUUCUGCUUGUGAACUGAAGGCUGCAACAU